UGUAACUAGUACGGAGCAAGGGACCGGGGAAACACACGAACACGGCGAUGAGCUUAGCGCUUCUGGAAGGCUACUCCUCCGCCGAGGACGACGAUCCGGCCGCCGCGGCCUCCGAGCUGAGCGACUUGGGCAACUCAUCUGCGGAGGAAGCCGGAUCGGACGGAGACGAGAAGUAUGCUCCUCCGAAGCCGGCCUCCAAGCCCCGCCGCCGCCAAAACCCUAAGGGGGAAGAUGCCGGCGGUGGUGGGGAUUCCUCGCUGCCGUCUGCGCUGGAGGCAUUCGCGGAUGUCUCGGGCCCUCCGGAUUUUCUGAGGCACAGGGUCGCCGAGCCCGAGGAGGCGACGGAGGCGCUUGGCGUGCUCGAUCGCCGCUCGAAGGAGGGGAGCAAGAAGCCGCCUCCCGGUGCUGUUGUGGUGGCGAAACCACAGUUAGUUGCCAUUUGCAAGCGAGUUACUACAAAUGGUGCCAACCCUCCUGCUUCUGUGACAUCUAGUUCUAUUGAUGGUAAAAGAAUAAUAGGUGCUGCGAAUCCUGGGCCAGAAGAUGCAGCUGACCUUCUGAGGAUGUGUCUCCAAUGUGGUGUACCAAAGACCUAUUCACAUGCCCGUGGUAUGGUUUGCCCUCUUUGCGGCGAUAGACCAUCACAAACAAAAGAGCCAGAGAAGAAGCAUGGUUCCACUGUUAAAGACAAGGAGAAGAUCAAGAGGAUGAGGGGGCAGUCGUCGCACGCUUCCUGGAAGAGCGAAACCGAGAUGGCCCUUCGGCAACAGUUCGACUGAUAACCAAUUAGCAUGACCACUUAGCCGGAACGUUGGGUAAACCAUACGCUGGGGAAACCUUUGUAGCCCUGUGUAGUGUACCUUGUGAUGUCCCUGUGCCUCACACUCGGUUCUAGAUAGCCGGAACCAUCGUUGUGUUAGUUGUAUCAGCAAUUUUCUGCCAGGAACGGUUUUGUUUGCUAAUCUGUCAAAUUUAAAUGUUACAAAUCAAAUUGAGGUUUGCUGAA